CUGCAGUCUUUAGACUUUAACCAUGAGAAUCACACAUGCAAUCCACCUGAAUUGUAUUGACUAGUAACUUAUGUACUCUAUAUCGUCAAAUUACCGUAUAAUCAAUUCAAUUAUUAAUCAUUAAUCAAUUCAAUUAUGUACAGUUGUACUCUAAAUUCGUCAAAUUCCCGCACACACGUCUCUGUGUACAAACUGCUAGUAGGUAGUGAGGUCAUUAUUCGGUAUAAAUGUUGUGUCAAAAGGAAAAGGUAUCUCCACUUUAGCACUUAAAAAUACUUAAAAAAAUACUUUCAAAUGGUAGGUACCUAUGAUAAAUGUUUCAAAAAUUCUUAGAACUCAGACUCAACUACAUCAAUUUAAAAAACGAGUAAAGGGUACCCUAUCACUGCCACUGGCACCACUUCCAGUAAAAAUAACUUGUGGAACAGGUAACUGGUUACCGCGGCUACACACACGCUACCACUUUUUAGAUGAAGACCACGUCGUUGUAGCUGAGCUCAACAAAAUUUAACUAACGGCGUAGAGCCUGUCUAAGUGUAACUGUCAUGGCGAAAGGAACAUCGGACAACUAAAAGUCACGUACACCAAAUAAAAGGUGUUUCGUCGACAGUUUUACCAGGUGUCUCGAUAUCGGCCCCUGUCAGAAACCAUGGCGGAUGGCCUUCACUCUGAGGUUUCCUUCAGCAACUUGUAUCCGGCAAUCUUGCAAUGUUUCAUCGUAAUACUCUCUGGAUAUUGCGCUGGCCGCACCAAUCUCAUAUCCUCAACCGAGGCGAGGGGAUUGGGGCGUUUCGUCGCCAACUUUGCCCUGCCUGCACUCGUCUUCAAGGCUAUGGUUGAGCUGCGUUUUGACACGGUCAAUUGGAGGUUUCUCGGAAGUAUUCUUCUAGCAAAGACCUGCGUGUUCGUCCUUGUGGCGUUCUUCACGAUACUUCUCUCUCGGCGGAACAAGCUGGGCAAGGCAGGCAUGUACGCCAUAUUCUCAACACAGAGUAAUGACUUUGCUCUCGGAUUUCCCAUCGUGCAAGCCCUCUACGCGAACGUGCACCCGGACUACAUGCAGUACAUCUACCUCAUCGCGCCGAUCUCGCUCGUCAUUCUCAACCCGAUCGGCUUCGCGCUGCUGGAGGUAAAUCGCUGGUGGCACUCGGACAGCCGCGCGUCCUGGUACCGCGUCGUCGGAAACAUCCUCAAGGGCAUCGCGCUGAACCCCAUCGUCUUCAUGACCGUCGUCGGCCUCAUCGGCAACUUUGUCUUCCAUCAGCAGCUGCCAUCAGCGAUCGAACCGAUCCUGAAGGUCCUCGCGGAUUCCUUCACGGCCACGGCUCUAUUCUACCUCGGCUUGAGUAUGGUUGGGAAGAUACAGAGUCAAGUUGGGUUUGCCCUCGUCACCCCAGCACUGCUCAUCGCUGCCAAAACGAUUCUGCUGCCGCUGAUUACAAGAGAGAUCGUCAGCGCGCUGGAUGCUGGAAGGAGGGGGGGAGGGCUCGGUAUAUGCAUGCUGCGCUGCCGCAGCCUCUGCUUCCUGCUCCGACACAAGCACUGGCUCUACCUGCUCUCAUUCGGGUUCCCUGUCCUGAUGACUUCGGUGGUGUUGAUUGUCAGCAAGUCCCACAACGAGCAUGAGGAGGAUCCCAAUUUCCAAUACGGAACAAACCAGGUCGUCGUCUCCGCCGUCGUCCUCGGCACGUGCAUCGUCGUCACGGUGACGUCGCUGGUCGUCACGCAGCGUCACGUCUCGCACCACCAGCACUCCGCACCCUACCGCGCGAUCAACCAGCGCGCGCGGGAGGAGGACGGGGACGAGGAGGAGGAGGAGGGGGAGAGGAUCGCGAAGGAGAAGAGGCGGGCGAGACAGCGUCUCAGCUCGCUCAGCUCGGUGCGGUCGGUGAAUGGAGAGGGGGAGGAGGUCAGCGGUGAGAGGGAUCUCAUGCUGCCGAGGAACCAGCAAGGUAAGAGCAAGCUGGCGUCGUCGAAGCUCCUGGAGGACAUUGAGGACCUUGUGCAUCGCGAUCGCACGAUGAGCAUUAGUGACGGGGAGGACGGGGAGCCGCCCGCGUGGGACUAUUACGUGAACGGGACCAUCAACGAUCGCACGUGCCUGCUCUCACAGGGAUGCACCGUUGAGCAGAAGAGGAAGUGUGCUGUGCUGAUCAAGAAUUACGACACGAUCAACGUAAGUGUGGACCUGGAGGGGGCAGCACUGCAGCAGAACGCAGACGAAUACCAGAUCGCCAGACACGUGAUUCUUCUUCUCUUCCUCACGCUGUCGAUGCUCAUUGGAUUCUUCCUGUGCAUCUGGCGGUUGUUCCGGGAUUCGACGUCGGGCAUCUACCUGGAGCUGGAGUUCCUCGACUCCGCAUUCAACUUCUGCCAGGGCUUCUUCGCGUUUGCCGUGUUCGGCCUCGACACGAACCUCAUACUGAUACCUCUCCUCAAGAAGUGGCGCUGGCUGAGGUACGGGUCAGAAGGCAUUUGCUUGCCCAAGUUUGAGGACCUGGACGAUGAGACAGUGCAUGUGUGUGCGCAGUUCCUGGUUCAUCACAAAGACAAGUGCAUAGCUGAUCUUGCAUCGGACCGGACACAUUCUAUGAAGACGUACAAAUCUGUUUUUUGUGGCAAUGAGCUGGUGGACUGGCUGCUAGAGAUAGGUCUCGUCCACGAUCGACCUGAGGGAGUCAAAUAUGGGCGCCAACUGCUCAAUGGUCGCAUCAUCUGUCACCAUAGCAACACGUACACGUUCUAUGACCUGCCUUACUUCUACAAGUUUCUCGAGAAUGCGUUGUCGUGAUCGCAUAGUCGUUGUUAGCGACUAAUCAUGAGAUUAUAUAUCACCCACCUAUUUCCGUGUGCCUAUAAGAGAGCUGCAUCGAGGUACGUUUCGAUCAUGUGCCAUAUUUUGAGCGAGUGAUGCCGAGUAGUGUAGCCAAAUCCUCUGCGAAAAAUAUCAGAGGUGAUGUGGCCAAACACAAAGCUGUUUAUAGUUGUAUGAGGUGCUUCCCUAGUUGAGCGUGAGAUAGGACGGUUGUUUGAGCACGUCCCGAGUGUGUUUUUGAUAUCUCAGAUGUAGGAGUUGAAUUGUGACUGUCAAAGAAAUCAAAUGUCAAAAGAUGAUGUCUAUCAUGUCAUCAAAUGUCUGGUCAUGCAAGCUUGCAAGGUUAGAUAAUAGCAGUACCUGCUCAGCUACUGCAAUGCCAGUGGCAGUUAUUGUAAGAACUCACAUGUGGUAAUAUGUAGUGCUGCGAAAACGGAUAAGCCACAAUGAUACUUAGAAUAACUUGGGGGAGAAUAACUAAGGGAUUUCAUGAUAAGAGUGAUUUGAUUUUAUCAUAAUUCUAAGUGUAUGAGCCUGUUAGCAACAAUUUAUACAUCCGGUCUAGUUGUAUGAAGUUACUUGUGCUUGUAGAUAUUUGGUUUUCGUACAUGGUGCGGUUGGUAUGGCACUGUCAUGCCUGAUCUUGUUAUAUGUGAUGGUUGAAUUAUGUAGUUUCAUAGGACCACAUAGUCAACCAUGACCAUAUUCCGGACAGGUCUGCAGUUAAGAUGCUAGACAAGGAAGGCUAUUUUGUGGACAGACAAGUAAGAUAGUCCAUCCAAAUUCGUAGGUAACAUGAACAAGGACCACGGUUCGUACUAACUGCCUUAUGUCUACAGCAAUCUGUUAAAGCCCAAGUGUGUGUGUGUGUGUGUGCAUGCGUGCGUGCGUGCGUGUGUGUGUGCGUGCGUGCGUGUGUGCAUGCGCGUUUGAGCGUGUGUGGAUGUGCUUUUCGAUGAAAGAAGUUUUUCUCUAUUAAUGCUAGAGUAUAUACAUUAUAGAUAUUUUUUCGUUUAUUUUUUGUAGGAUCUUAACCAAUUUUACGCAUCGCGAAUAUGCAUGUUAUGCACGAAUUUGUCAGUGUGUGUUUCAGUACAGUCAGAAGCUGUGUAAAGCUGUGGACACACUACGCGAUUUUUCAUGCGAUUGAGCCGGCCGGCUCAGUCG